UCACUCAUAACGUACGGUAGCAUUUAAAAUCCGAAGCAGUUAACGGAGAAGAAAAUUAAAAACAAAAAAAAAAAACGCUGAGACCAAAAAAUUACUUUGGCUGAGAAUAAUAAAUCUCAGCGCCACUUAAGAAAAGAAAUUAAAAGUUAAAGAUUCAAAGUGUGUGUGUGUGUGUGCAAACUUAUCGCGCCACGCAAAAACGGAUUACGGGCAACUAACGUACAUUUGGAUUAUCAACAAAAAUACAAUAAAACCACAACAGCAAGAAUAAAGUUAUUUUGCAGUGAUUUGGAAACUGUAAAACUGUGAACGAUUUUUGGCAAACCAAAAACAAAAAACAACACAGAAACAGAAAUUAACAAGAAGCAAAGUGAACAAUUCUGUGUUUAACAACAAAAAUAAAAAACAGACUAAAUUCAAAAUAAUUAAAUAUAAACAGUUUUGUGCUGACAUUGUGUGUAUUUAAAGCACACAAAAAGCGAAUUUAAAAAGCAAUUUCUGCAUUAAGAAAUUUACAAUUUUUUCCACCUCAACCUCGCACACGGCCGCCAACGACGACCGUCGCCAAAAAACCGCCAAAAUUCUACUCAAAGAACGCAAAUCAGUAAUUUCAAAAAUGAAAUCCCUAACCGCCGUCUGUCAAACAGGUGCCUCCAUGCCGCCGAUGAACCCCAACGGCCGCAUUGCACGCCAAACGCCCCAACGCGGCGACGGCGAAAAUGCCGAAAUGAAAAUGUACCUCUCCAAAUUGAAGGAUCUCGUGCCAUUCAUGCCGAAAAACCGCAAACUCUCCAAGCUGGAGAUCAUACAGCAUGUCAUCGACUACAUUUGCGAUCUGCAAACCGAACUGGAAGCACAUCCAGAAAUCGGCAACUUUGAUGCAGUGCGCGCGCUAAACAUGAACGACGACGAUUCUGCCAACGACACCAGCAAUAACAGCGAAGAAAAUGAACGCCUGGCCGAACGUCUACUUGCCGAUAACAGCUACAGCACAGCUCAUCAACAGAACAACAUGCCAACUUCAACGUCUAGUCCAGCGCUGCGACAGCCUUUGGCUGAUCGGCAAGCACCCAACACCAUCCUGCCCGGCACAAAUAUGACAGCUGCUGCUGCACAUACCACAAUGGCGUUGCACAUGCAACAACAGCUGCAACUGCAACAGCAACAAUGGGAACAGCAAAUGCAGCAGCAGCAGCAGCAAACACAACAACAGCCACCGCAGCAACAACAGCAGCAGCCGCAGCAGUCGCCACAGCAACAUCACCAACAAAUGCCAACUGGCGAAACGGUGAGUUGUUGAUCUGGUGGAGUAUUGUACUAGGGUAGACAAAGAGAAAGAAGAAGCAUAAUGUUAAUUUUAAGCCUAGGCCGUACGUUGUAUAGUAGUUUAUUCUGUUAGGUAUGGAAAAAGUUAAAAAUGUGUGAACAAAUUUGUAAUUUAUUUAAUUAAACAGCUGUAUCCUAUAAUCUAAGCAGAAAUCUUAAUAUAAAUUAUGUAAAAAAGAAAAAAAAAACACGUGUAUAGAAUUUUUGUUGUUAAAGACUGUUAUAGAAGUUUAAGUUGGUCGAAUAAAAUGAAGAUAAAUUGACUAAUAAUUUGAAAAAAACAAAAAAAACAUAUUUUCUUUUUGAAAACGCUGAUGUGAGCAAAAAAGUAGUAGGUAGGUUUUGACAUAACGCGCGCAAAAGCAUGGAAUGAGAAUUUUGUGAGCAUAAAAAAGGAGUUUCAAGGCGAGUAUACAAAUUUUAUUAGCGCUUAGAAAAAUCGGUGGAAGCGAGUCUCGAAUGAGUGUUUGAAAACCUAUGAAAAUUGAAUAUACACACAUGCGUGCAUAUAUUUCUGCAUUUCUGUGAAGUUUUUAAACACAAUAACUUAAAUGACUUGCGCUUCAUUUGCUUUGGGAUGAAUACCAAAAAUUUGUACGUGAAAAAAUGAAGAAAAAUAGAAUUUUAAUGUUUCGGUUCAAAUUUGAAAACUGCAUUUUUUGAUAAUUAAAACUUUCAGUAUUGCUUUGAAACUUGGAAGUACUUGAUGAGCCAGAAAGUGCAAAGAAAUUCAGGUUGUUUUGUCAAAAGUCGUCAGCAGCACUUAUGCGCUUAUAUGUAUGCACCUAAGAAUGUUAUAUAUCUCAACAUCUUUAGGCGGGUAUGCUGCAAAAUUCAGUUAAAUUAAGAGCGCAAACUGAUUUAAUUUUAUUUCCUUUCUUAUACUCUGUUAUUAUUGUUUUGCACUUUUUGUUCACCGGUGUUGCUAAUAAGAAAUUACGCAUUGCCAAGCAGCAGACAAUUUCGAAAGCACAAUAGUUUCAAAAAAUGUCGAAAGCACAGCGUUUUAAAAAAUUUUGAAAGCACAACGUUUUAAAAAGUUUUGGAAGCACAAUAGUUUAAAAAAAU